AGAAAACGGGUGGAUGAAAUCUCGCGAGUGGUUGAGAGGCUGCUUGUUGGCUGGUUUCGCAGAGGAUCAAAUCGGCCACUAUUCAUCACACUGUGCGAAAUCUCAGGAUCGUGACGCGGUCGCUUUACUCACUAACCUUCAGCAAUCAAAGAAAUUAUAAAAGUCAUCCGGAAAACGAACACACUGACAUUUCGCAUUUACUAAAAUUACCAUACGCAGUUUGUAAUGAAAACGGAUUUGUAGGAAGCUAUAGACCUUGCUCGGAACUCAGUAGAAAAGGAGCGGAGACGAUUCCUGUCGAGGCAACUGAACAGCAACUGGCUUAAGCCUGAAGAUUAAUAUCCAAGUGUAUCCAUGGCAGAAAACAACUUCCCACCUCUACCUAGGUUCAUUCCUCUGAAGCCAUGUUUUUAUCAGAACUUCGACGAGAUCCCCGACCAUUGGCGCAGCAUGUGCAAACGCCUGUACUACCUGUGGAUACUGAACAGCGCCACACUGGCCGUGAAUCUGAUUGGCUGCCUGGCGUGGAUGUGUGGCGGGGGCGGGGCCACUAACUUUGGCAUGGCUAUCCUGUGGCUCAUUCUCUUCACCCCCUGCUCCUACGUCUGCUGGUUCCGACCCAUCUACAAGGCCUUCAAGACGGACAGCUCCUUCAACUUCAUGGCAUUCUUCUUCGUGUUCAUGGCUCAGGUGGUGAUCAGCAUCAUACAGGCUAUUGGCAUCCCUGGCUGGGGAGUGUGUGGCUGGCUGGCCACCAUCACCUUCUUCAGCACCAACGUCGGCUCUGCUGUUGUCAUGUUGAUCCCCACCAUCAUGUUCACCGCCGUGGCUGUGCUCUCCUUCAUCGCCCUCACUAAGGUUCAUAGCUUCUACCGUGGCAGUGGUGGCAGCAUGAGCAAGGCCCAAGAGGAGUGGACCACCGGCGCGUGGAAGAACCCGCACGUCCAGCAGGCAGCGCAGCAGGCGGCUGUGGGGGUCGCCCAGGGAGCCAUGCAGAACCAGGGCCAGGGAGGCCAGGGGGGCCAGGGGGGCCAGGGCCAAUACUCCGCUGCCCCCACCUACAACUACGAUGAGCCCAUGUAGUAUGCCACUGAGCCCGGGGUGGGGGGGCAUGUAGUAUGCCACUGAGCUGGGGGUGGGGGGGCAUGUAGUAUGCCAUUGAGCUGGGGGGGGUGGGGGGGCGGAUAUGGGUGGCAAUGGGGUGGGAAAUGGCAGAAUUAUUAAUCAGCCAACUAAGAGUUGGAUUUCCUCUAUCGUAAGAACAUAUUAGAUAAUUUACACAGACUAUGUGUUUCAGCGAGUGGUCGUAUUAUGUGUAUCUCUCAGUUCCUAAAACUAACCCAACAUUUAGCGGAUGAUUUGUGUAUAACUUUGAUAUUCCGGCGGUAUUCCGAGUUUGUGUAUAUCACAUCUGAUAACUUUUCAACAGGGCUGGACAAGCACCUGUGUUGGAACAUUCCACUGGCCCUUGUAGUAUAGCAUACUGACUAGCAGCCCCACUGCGCUAGCCGCCACACUGCGUUAGCAGCGUCUCUGCGCUAGCCGCCACACUGCGCUAGCAGCGUCUCUGCAUAUGUGCUCCUCUAGACAACCGGGUGAAGCAGCUCUCCCCACCACUCCACCUGAGGCACAAGCCACCUUCAUAUUACUGAAGCUUUUCUCUGAAAUGAAACGCCAUGUUUGCUGUUUCUGUUUCUGUGUAAUUGUUUAUUAGUUUACGACAGGCAGGGUGUCCGGUGGCUCCACGUGGUCUUAAUACAUCGGCUUCAUGCAUUAGCUGGCUCACACAUUCCCUACCACUACACUGGAGGGAGUCUUCUCUGCCUGUACAGUCAAUAUACCUUUCACUCAACAUUUUAUGUUCAGUAUAAUAGGUCUUAAAGGAGUUUUGAUUCAGAUAUUUUUCUCACACUUAAUUUGUUGUAAUAUGUUGUUGAUUGUUUUUUUUAUGUUUGAUAUUUGUGUUGUUGAUGAUGUGUUUCGGGUCUGAUUGGCGGCCUGUGGGUCAGGUGGCGUUGCAGCCCAAUCCAACCUGUGUUAAGUGUGUAGUGGUUCUUACCUCAAUAUUCAGAGAUGCUCUGCCCCUGCAGGUCUGCUUUGUGUCAGAAGGAGAUGCAUUAGCGCUCAUCUCCAUUAAGCCAUCACACUCUUGUUAGCAUCUAGUCUCUUAGCAUCCCGAUGCAUUAGCGCUUAUCCCCAUUAGGCCAUCACACUCUUGUUAGCGUCCAGUCUCUUAGCAUCCCGAUGCAUUAGCGUCCGUUAGCCUCCUGUUGUCCCACCACUUCCAAAUGCUCAGUAGAGGCUUGCACUGAAGCUGUGGUGAAGCCUUGGUUUCUAAUUUUGCAUUUUGUAAUAUGUUGCACAAUUCUUCAGGAAAAACUAGUUUGGCCUUACAAUUUGGCCCGUUUUUGCUUCUUAUGGAAUCAUUUUUCAAAUUCGUAGUUGGUUUACAGGGACCUUCUAAAGCCGAGGUUUAUUCCCUUCAAUGAAAGCACAUGCCCACUUGUCAGCCACUGAGCGUUGUACAGGCGUUUUAUCCGUGUUUGGGGAAUUACAAUGACAUAACCCGUCAGUGGAACAUUAACAAAGUAGGGGCUAAAAUUGUUUGCUCUCAUGUGUGGAGAUAUUUGUAUAGUUAUCACAUCAGUCUGUUUGGCCAAACAGGAAGUGUCAUGCCUGUGACAAUGCCCACUUUCCUGACUUCAUGCUCUUAUCGUCAGCAUUUAAUAUCCGGCAAUACUUGAAGAGGUGGUUGCUAGAAAAUAUGUUAAAUAUUCCAUGCAAAAUAAUUCAGAAUAUGAGGAAAUAAGAAAUUGACACAUAUGCGUCUGAGAGCUGUGAGAUAGAUGGAAACAUCAGGGUUUAUAGGAGGUGUCAUAUUAUAAUGUACAGUAUGUAAUGUAAUGAAUUAUUGCAAACGAUACUGUGUAUAUAGGAUAAAAUCACUAAUUAGUACUGGUUCAUGUGACAUAGUGCCAGUCAUCUCGUAAUGUGUGAUUAUUGAAGGUUGUUUCUUUCUUUUCACUCUUUAUUUUUCAAUAUGAAGAUUUUUUGUUUUCUAUUUUUGUGUACACGUGUGUAUGUGUGUGCGUGAAAGUGUUUGUUCCUUAACAGUGGGAUCUAAUGGGACUUGGUUGGACAGGGGCGUAAUAUCCAUUUGCAUAGAUCUGGCCGGGGGUGUUUGCAGAUGGGUCUCUGUCGCCCAGAGGUGAGACUUGUGUAUCUGCUGUACAAGUGCUUCAUCUCACCUCUCCAGAUAGUAGGGCCCCCCCCCCCUAGUGGAAUAAAAUUGUCAUUGCAUCAUAAUCCAAAAGCCCAGCUCAGUAUUCGGUGUUGGGAAUCCCCCUCUCGUGAAGUCUGUAAAAUGACAUCUGCACCAGCAAAGGAAAAGCCCACCCCUCAAAGCCAAGCCCCAUUUGCCCAUUUUAAUAGUACGAUCUUAAUGCAUAACUAUCCACACAGUCAAAUAGAUGGAGGCGUUCUUUACGUAAGGUACACAGAUGACGACAGAACAACAAAAAGCUAGUCUUCUAUGUAUAGUGUGUCAAAUGUGGUGAAUUUAUAAACUGUAAGUUGAAUCAAACUGUGAGCCAUGUAUAUGUCGGACACAGUGUGUGUGUGUAGGUAUGCAAGUGUGUGGUGUGUGUGUGUGUGUGUGAAUGUGAGUGUGUGUGUUUGUGUGUUGAUGUAAUUUCUGUGACCCUGCCCUUUAUGGAAUGUAUUGUAGACUUGGAAACGAGACCUACAGUUCAUUUGCCAGUUGUGCUCAGUGUUUGUGUAGGGACUCACAGCUUUUGAACAGCCAUUUCUUCUCUCAUGGAACUGCAUCAUUCACACUACCCUGUACUGUACAUGAAUCUAUUCUGUAUAAUGUAAUAAUUAUAAAAUACUAGUAGUGUUUCAUUGUGUGAGGAAAAUGUUUAUGGAAUUUUUGGAAAGAAAGCGGGAUCUUUUCAGAUGUGUUGAGAACCACAGUAAGCAUGAGAGUUCACAGCGGACGGGUGUUGGUGGACUUUCAGAAGAAUGGCGUUUUGGUUGUUUUUGUUACUUUUGUAUUAUUUUUCUUCUCCCUGGUCAGUAGUAAACAGAUAUUGUUGCA